CGCCUCAGCAUCCGCGGAAUACACACGGCGAAGAUACGCUCCUCGUCUGCACACACACACACUCGGCCAUAAACACACGCACGCAAAAUAAAAGCGGUUUGGGGACAUUGAGCGACAUGGUUUCUGCGUGCCGAACGCACGCAGGUGGUGUGGUCCGGCUGCGGGCAAUGCCUGAGGAUUCUACAGCUCUGAAGUGGAUUCUGUUCGUUUUCUUGCUCAUGCACAACGCGAGGGCUCAAGAUGAUGUGCCCCCGUACUUCAAGAUGGAGCCGGUGCGGACUCAGGUGCACCUGGAGGGGAACCGUCUGGUUCUCACCUGUAUGGCAGAGGGCAGCUGGCCGCUGGAGUUUAAGUGGAUCCGGAACGGAACCGAGCUGACCCGUUUCUCACUGGAGUACAGGUAUCUGAUCCCUGCCCUGGACAGGUCCCACGCUGGCUUCUACCGCUGCAUCGUCAGGAACCGUGUUGGCGCCCUCUUGCAGCGGAGGACUGAAGUGCAGGUGGCAUAUAUGGGGGGUUUUGAGGGGGGCGAGCGCACCCAGGCGGUGUCCCAGGGAGAGGGCGCGGUGAUCGCCGCCCCACGGAUGCAAAGCUUCCCCCAGCCACAGGUCACAUGGUUCCGGGACGGGCGCAAGAUCCCGCCCAGCAGCCGAAUAGCCAUCGCCCUGGACAACACCCUGGUCAUCCUGUCCACUGUGGCCUCGGAUGCGGGACGCUACUACGCCCAGGCCGUCAACGACAGGAACGGAGAGAACAAGACAAGCAAUCCCAUCACUCUCACCGUGGAGGAGGUUGGGGAACCUGCCGACCCCAUCGCCCCCUCUAUCAUCAUACCGCCAAAAAACACCAGCGUGGUGAUGGGGACGUCCGAAGUGAUCAUGGAGUGUGUGGCCAACGCCAGACCGCUCAUUAAUCUCCGUGUAAUCUGGCGGAAGAACGGAGUUGUGGUGAGCAGCGGUCUGAGUGACUUUGACCGCAGGCUGACCGUAGCGGCUCCAGCGGGCGGAGAUGGCGGCUUCUACGAGUGCGAGGCGGAGCUCCGCAGCAGCAGCGCGCCGUCGGUCAGGGCCGGGGCCUACCUGCACGUGCUGGAGCCUCCCCAGUUUGUGAAGGAGCCAGAGAAACACAUCAGUGCUGAGAUGGAGAAGGUGGUGGACAUCCCCUGCCAGGCCCAAGGGGUUCCUCAGCCGGAGAUUGUGUGGUAUAAGGACGCGGUGCCGGUGAGUCCGGUGAAAGCGGCCCGGUACCGCCUGCUGGUGGGGGGCAGCUUGCAAAUCAACGGCCUUCUGCCCGACGACACCGGAAUGUUCCAGUGUUUCGCCCGAAACCUGGCCGGAGAGGUGCAGACCAGCACCUACCUCGCUGUGACCAGUAUCGCCCCCAACAUCACUGCCGGGCCGACUGACAGUGCCGUGAUUGACGGCCUGUCAAUCGUCCUCCACUGUGAGACCUCUGGUGCCCCUCGGCCAGCCAUCACCUGGCAGAAAGGUGAGCGUGUCCUGGCCAGCGGCUCAGUGCAGCUGCCCCGCUUCACCCUGCUGGAGUCUGGCAGCCUGCUCGUCAGCCCCGCCCACAUGUCGGACGCCGGCGCCUACACCUGCACAGCCAGCAACUCCCGGGGGAUCGACGAGGCCAGCGCCCACCUGGUGGUGUGGGCUCGAACCCGCAUCACCAGCCCUCCUCAGGACCAGAGUGUCAUCAAAGGGACCAAAGCCACCAUGACCUGUGGGGUGACACAUGACCCCAGCGUCACCGUCAGGCAUGUGUGGGAGAAAGGGGGCGCUGUCCUCAAGGUGGGCUCCACCCCUCGGAUGCGUAUGGACUCAGACGGCACGCUGCACAUCUCCCAGACCUGGUCAGGUGACAUCGGCACCUAUACCUGCAGGGUCUUCUCCGUGGGGGGCAAUGACUCCCGCAGCGCCUACCUCCGAGUCAGGCAGCUCCCCCACGCUCCAGAAAACCCCAUAGCCACGCUGAGCUUGUUGGAGAAGAGGGCGAUCAACCUGACCUGGGCGGAGCCCUUUGACGGGAACAGCCCCCUGAUUCGCUACAUCCUGGAGGUGUCUGAGAACAAUGCUCCAUGGACCGUGCUCCUGGCCAACAUCGAACCCGAGGCCACAAGUGUGACGGUCAGCGGGCUCAUCCCGGCGCGGUCCUACCAGUUCCGCCUCUGUGCGGUCAAUGAUGUCGGCAGAGGCCAGUUCAGCAAGGAGACUGACCGGCUGUCCCUUCCAGAGGAGCCCCCCAGCGCCCCCCCUCAGACAGUCAUCGCUAGUGCCCGCACCAACCAGUCCAUCAUGAUCCAGUGGCAGCCGCCCCCCGAGGCCCACCAGAACGGCCCCCUGCAGGGCUACAUCAUCCGGUACUGCCUGGCAGGCCUGCCCGUGGGUUACCAGUUCAGGAACAUCACCAACCCGGACCAGACCAACCUGCUGCUGGAAGACCUCAUCAUCUGGACCAACUACGAGAUCGAGGUCGCCGCCUACAACGGGGCGGGGCUGGGGACCUUCAGCCACAAGGUGACGGAGUGGACACUGCAGGGAGUGCCCACCAUCCCCCCCGGCAACGUGCACGCCGAAGCCGUCAACGCCACCGCCAUCCGCUUCACCUGGAGUGCCCCUAGUCCGCAGUUUAUCAAUGGCAUCAACCAAGGCUACAAGCUGUUGGCAUGGGAACCAGGUGUGGAGGAGGAGAUGACCGUGGUGACGGUGCGGCCGAACUUCCAGGACAGCGUCCACGUGGGCUAUGUCACUGGGCUGAAGAAGUUCACAGAGUACUUCACCACGGUGCUGUGCUUCACCACGCCCGGGGACGGCCCCCGCAGCACGCCGCAGAGAGUGCGCACGCACGAGGACACACCUGGCGCUGUGGGUCACCUUAGCUUCACUGAGAUCCUGGACACCUCUCUGAAAGUGAGCUGGAGAGACCCACCUGAGAAGAACGGAGUCCUCACAGGGUACCGCAUCUCCUGGGAGGAGUAUAACCGCACCAACACGCGUGUCACCCGCUACCUGCCCAACGUGACUCAGGAGUACCGCGUGACCGGCCUGACUGCCCUCACCACCUACACCAUCCAGGUGGCCGGGCUCACCUCCAAAGGCCAGGGCCAGCUGUCCUCCUCCACCAUCUCCUCAGGGGUGCCCCCAGAAAUACCCGGCCCCCCCACGAACAUGGCCAUCUCCAACAUCGGCCCCCGCUCCGUCACCCUGCAGUUCAAACCCGGCUACGACGGGAAGACCUCCAUCUCCUGCUGGCAGGUGGAGGCCCAGAUCGGCAUCAUCGGAGAGAACGAGGAGUGGGUGGCAGUCCAUCAGCUUGCCAACGAGCCUGAUGCCAGAUCGCUAGUGGUGCCCAACCUCAACCCCUACACCUUCUACAGGUUCCGAAUGCGGCAGGUGAACAUCGUGGGCACCAGCCCGCCCAGCCAGCCCUCCAGAACCAUCCAAACCCUGCAGGCCCCGCCCACUGUCUCCCCCAGCAACAUCACCCUGCGUACUGCCAGCGAGACCAGCCUGUGGCUGCGAUGGCUGCCCCUGCCUGAGUGGGAGUAUAAUGGCAGCCCGGAGCUGGUGGGGUACCGGGUUCAAUACAGCCGGAUCAGGUCAGACAGCCAGGCUCUGAACCACAUCAUCCCUGACCGGCUGGAGCGGGAGCUCACCAUAGAGGACCUGGAGGAAUGGACCCAGUACCAGGUCCGAGUGCAGGCCUUCAACGGCAUCGGAGCCGGGCCCUGGAGCCAGCCUGUCCACUGCAGAACCAGAGAGUCCGUCCCCUCCUGUGGCCCGACCAACAUCUCAGCCUUCGCCACCACCUCCAGCAGCAUCCUGGUCCGCUGGGCCGAGGUCCCCGAAAACGACCGCAACGGGCUCAUUCUGGGGUAUAAGGUGGUGUAUAAGGAGAGGGACCUGGACUCUCCCCUGCAGUUUUGGACGGUGGAGGGGAACUCCAGCCAAAGCGGCCAGCUGACGGGGCUGGGGAAGUAUGUGCUGUACCAGAUUCAGGUGCUGGCCUACACCCGCAUCGGGGACGGGGUGCCCAGCUCGCCCCCGGUUCAGGAGAGGACCCUGGACGAUGUGCCGGGUCCCCCAGUGGGUAUCCUGUUCCCCGAGGUGCGGACCAGCUCUGUACGCCUCAUCUGGCAGUGCCCCACCCAGCCCAACGGCGUCAUCCUGGCCUAUCAGGUGACGUAUCGGCUCAACUCCACCCAUAGCAACGCGGCCAGCGGCGACGUGCUCAGCGCCAGCGUGCAGCAGUACACGGCGACCGGGCUGAGGCCGGAGUCCGUCUACGUGUUCCGGGUCACGGCCCAGACGCGCAAGGGCUGGGGGGAGUCGGCGGAGGCGCUGGUGAUCACCACGGAGAAGAGAGCCCGCCCCCAGCCCACCAGCCGCCCGCUCGUGCCCCAGGAGGAAGUGCAGGCCCGCAGCGUACUGUUGUCAUGGGAGCCAGGCAGUGACGGCCUCUCGCCAGUCCGCUAUUACACCAUCCAGUCCAGGGAGCUGCCGGAGGGCAACUGGAGCGUCCACGCCGCCGCCGUCAGCCACGAGUCCAACUCCCACAUCGUGGACGGACUCAAGCCCUUCACUUCCUACGAGUUCAGAGUGAGGGCCACCAACGACAUCGGGGACAGCGAGUUCAGCGCCCAGAGCGAGGCCAUCACCACGCUGCAGGAUGUCCCAGACGAAGCUCCCACAAUCCUCUCUGUCACACCGCACACCAUGACGUCCGUGCUGGUGCGCUGGCAGCCCCCGCCUGAGGAGGGGAUUAACGGGGUCCUGCUGGGGUUUCGAGUGCGCUACCGGGAGCUCCUGUACAACCGGCAGCACAGCUACACCAUCCGAACCAUCAGCAGCCCCUCAGCCAGCUGGGCCGAGCUCACCUCCCCCUACAGCAUGCGGAGCCUGAACGAGUCCACACUCACCCAGUACCAGCUGGACAAUCUUAAUAAGCACAAGCGCUAUGAGAUCCGACUGAGUGUGUAUAAUGCGGUGGGGGAGGGGCCAACCAGCACGCCCCAGGAAGUGUUUGUGGGAGAAGCAGUCCCUACAGCCCCGCCCCAAAACGUGGCUGUCCAAUCAGCAACUGCCACUCAGCUGGAUGUCACAUGGGACCCGCCUCCUGUGGAAGCUCAGAACGGAGACAUUCAGGGGUACAAGGUGUACUUCUGGGAGUUCCAGCAGCGGAACGAGACGGAGCGGCUGCGAACGCUCUUCCUGCCCGAGGGAGGGGUGAAGCUGAAGAACCUGACGGCCUACACCACCUACAUGAUCAGCGUGGUCGCCUUCAACGCCGCCGGAGACGGGCCGCGCUCCUCGCCCACCAGGGGGCGCACUCAGCAAGCAGCGCCCAGCGCUCCCAGUUUCAUCCACUUCAGCGAUCUGACCACCACCUCCGUCAACGUGUCCUGGGGGGAGCCCGUGCACCCCAACGGCAUGAUCGAGGGGUACCGCCUCAUCUACGAGCCAAGCACUCCUGUUGAUGGUGUCAGUAAGAUUGUGACCGUGGAUGUGAAGGGCAGCGCCCCCCUCUGGAUGAAAAUCAAAGACCUGGCAGACGGGGUCACCUACAACUUCCGCAUCCGAGCCAAGACCUUCACCUACGGGCCCCAGGUGGAGGCCAACAUCACCACUGGGCCUGGGGAAGGAGCGCCUGGCCCCCCUGGCGAGCCUUUCAUCUCCCGCUCCAGCAGCACCUUCACCCUGCACUGGGCGAACGGUGACCCCGGGCGAGCGCCCAUCACCCGCUACGUCAUUGAGGCCCGGCCGUCAGACGAAGGCUUAUGGGACAUCCUGAUCAAAAACAUCCCCAAGGAAGUGACAUCAUACACGAUGGACAUGGACAUGCUGAAGGAGGGGGUGAGCUAUGACUUCCGGGUCGUCGGUGUCAACGACUACGGAUUCGGCUCCCCAAGCGCCCCAUCGCCCUCAGUCUCAGCCCACAGGAUGGCGCCCUUCUACGAAGAGUGGUGGUUUUUGGUGGUGAUCGCUCUGGUGGGCUUCAUCUUUAUCCUCCUCCUGGUCUUCACCCUCAUCAUCCACGGUCAGAGCAAGAAGUACUCCCAGAAGUCAGACCCAGGGAACACCUCUGUCAGCAAUGCCACCCCUCUCACCCAGGGGGCGAUGGUCAGCCUGGACGAGGGACGCUUCCCUGCGCUGGAGCUCAACAACCGCCGGCUGUCUGUCAAGAACUCCUUCUGUCGCAAGAACGGGAUCCAGACCAGGCCUCCCCCUCGGCCUAGCCCCGGCUGCCUGCAUUACUCUGAUGAGGACAUCAGCACCAAGUAUAAUGACCUGAGAGCUGACAGCAGCAGCCUGACGGAGAAGCCCUCAGAGAUCUCAGACUCACAGGGCAGUGACAGUGACUACGAGCUGCAGGAGGACCGAGAGAAGACGCACUCCUUCGUCAACCACUACAUCAGCGACCCCACCUACUACAACUCCUGGCGCCGCCAGCAGAGGGGGCUGUCGCGGCCUCAGGCCUACGGCCACGCCGAGCCCGAAUCAGGGCGCACGGAGCACCGCUCCACCCCUCCCCCCCUCCCCCCGAUGCCCCCACACCCGCACCAGCUCAGCUGCUCCCCCCAGCCCCAGGACCCGCCCCAGGGCACCCUCUUCAGGCCAGCGGGCAGCCGGACUCCCACCCCCUCCCUGCUGUCCCCAAACCCUCCCACUCAGCACAGCGCCCUCUACAGGCCCCCGAGUGAACAGGCGCCCGCUGCCGGAUUCUCCUCCUUCGUUUGA